UGUGUGGUGCCGCUGGAUGUUCCUUUCCUAGAACGGGAAGGCAAGCAUUCUCACAUCACCAGUAAGCCUUUCCUCGUAGCGCACGAUCUUUUCCUGUGCCCUUUGCUUUUUAUUGCUUCUAUUACUCUGGUCCCUGCGUCUCUUUCACUGGCCUGAUCUAGCUAGCAUCUCUCAAUCUCUCUUUUCCGAAAGCCUGCAAUCUGCAUGCAUCAUCACACACAAAUCCGACUUGCCUGUGCUGUAAAGAAUUCACAUCUUUGUCCCGUCCACUUCGAUUCGUCUGUCCUCUACACUUCGCUUUACCUGCAACGAGCUAAUCGGUACCAUCAUGUCAUCAUGCACGGCAACAUGGACUAGGUCUCCAGUGUUAUACAUAUAUGCUAUUCCAUUACUACUACAGUUCAUGCAGCUGCAACAAAGGCUGGUUUUGCAAGUGGAAACCAGAUGGCGUCUCGUUGGACGAUGACCAAGGAGAGCGCCUGGGUGGGGGACGUAGAGAGGGCGCUGACCGACGUCGACCCGUCGGCAGAGGCGGCGCGGUGGCGGUGGCACUCCAUCUACCGCGUGCCGGCGUGCAUCAAGGACCUGAACCGCAAGGCCUACCAGCCGCAGGUGGUGUCCCUGGGCCCCUUCCACCACGGCGAAGAACACCUCCUCCCCAUGGACUCACACAAGCGCCGGUCGCUCCUCCAUUUGCUCCGGCGCGCCCGCAAGCCGCUUUCCGAGUUUGUCGCCGCCGUGGCGGGCGUCGUGGAGCGGCUGGAGGGCGCAUACCAAGGCCUCGUUGACGACGACGACCGGUGCGGCGGCGAGGAGUUGGAGAAGAGGAGGGAGAAGUUCGUGGAGAUGAUGGUCACCGACGGGUGCUUCCUGCUGGAGGUGAUGAGGAUGGCGUCCGGGUGGGACGUGAACGACUACGCGCCCAACGACCCCGUCUUCAGCAGCCACGGCUUGCUCUACACCGUGCCAUACAUCCGCCGGGACAUGAUCAUGAUCGAGAACCAGCUGCCGCUCCUCGUCCUCGACAAGCUGCUCGACGUCGAGGCCGGCAAUGAUGGGCAGAACGAGGACUUGACCAACCGGAUGGUGCUGAGGUUCCUCUCCCCGGCAGCCUGGCCGCUAGCAACCGGCGUCGGGCUAGCGCUUCACCCGCUGGACAUCCUACGCCGGAGCCUCCUCUACGGGCCAACCCACAACACCCCCCCGCCGGCACCACCACCUUCAGACCUCCCCCCGGGUGCCCCCGACGACAUCAUCCGCUCAGCAGAAGAGCUCUACGAAGCCGGCGUGCGCUUCAAGCGGAGCCCGACGAGCAGCCUCCUGGACAUCACCUUCUCCCGCACCACCGGCGAGCUCCGGCUCCCCGCCAUCGUCGUCGACGACACCACCUCCACCAUGCUCCUCAACCUCAUGGCCUUGGAGCGGCUCCACGCCGGGCCCGGGGCCGGGGCCGCCGCCGGCAACAACGAGGUCACCGCCUACGUCUUCUUCAUGGACAACAUGAUCGACAAGGCCGCCGACGUGGCGCUGCUGGCGUCGAGGCGGAUCGUCUGCAACAAUCUAGGGAGCGAUAAGGCCGUGGCUAAGCUGUUUAGCGGGCUGUCGAGGGACGUGGUGCUGGAGCCACACGGUGCCUUGGACGAGGUGCACCGGGAAGUGGACGCUUACUGCCGGAAGAGGUGGAACCGGUGGCGCGCUAACCUUGUGCACACGUAUUUUAGGAGCCCCUGGUCGUUCCUCUCUCUGGCUGCCGCCGUGUUCUUGCUCGGCAUGACCGUCUUGCAGACCGUCUACACCGUGCUUCAGUUCUACCAGGAUGCCGGCUAGCUAGAGCUUGGUUAUAUACCUAGCUCCAUUUCAUUCUACGUGCCUUUGCUCCAGAAGCAAGAUAUAUAGUAGCCCUACCACGUUAAUGAUAAACUAAUCAAAGGACCUUUGUACCAAUUUGUUCCAAAGCUAGCUAGCGGUGGAUCGUGAUAAUCUGGCUCGCCUGUCCAAACAGCUUUUUGUCUAUUUUACCAUAAUAACCAUUUUCCCUUGCAAUCGUGGUUAUUUUGCCCACAAAUUAUAAACACAAGGAUGGGCUCCAAGUUUCUUAUUAGUAUUGGAUGACCAGGUUCGGUAA